GUGGCACAGUUGACCUAUGAUCCCAUCGCACGCCCGUGCUGCCGGGCGCAGAAGGCUUGGGACCAGCUGGUGGCCGAUGGAGGUUGUGGCGGGCCCGAUGGAGCAGGCCCCAGCCAAGGCAAUUGCGACGCAGCCUUGGAGCUGUGUAUGGACUGUGAGGCUGCCGUGCAGUACUACGCACAGAACGCCACCGCUUUGGGUACCCGAAAUGUGAGUGUGGACAUUUCCUCAACCAGAGUCACUUGCGAGCUGCCUCAGUGGGAUCCGAGCAACUGCGUGAAGCUCCGAAUGAAAGGCUUCGGUGUCGGGCUCCUCAUUACCACAGGUGUCUCACUGCUGGUCGUCGCCAGCUUGGCUUGCAUCGCCUUUGAUUGGCGUUUGCUCCCAUCCCUCGUAGCGCGACAACGGCGGAAGCUUUUGGUGGAUGCCAUCACGGUGCAGAACCAAAUCCAUGCUGAACUGGACGGCUGUGCUAGCCCCUCCGCACCCCCAAAGCCAAAACCUGUGCCGCCAGCACCGCCCACCCCCACGGCCCGACCUCAAGGCUUUGCCAAUGCCGCGAACGAGUGUGCCCUGCGUGCCGCUGCCAGCGUGGCCAAUGUGGCGGCUGGCACAGGGACCGCGGAGCUCACCCUGGCGGAAUUGGCGGCAAGUCCCACCAGCCCGGCCUUGGAUGCAGCCUUCGCAGCUUGUGGUGCUUUGGUUGAGGAGGCUCCAGAGCCGGCACCCAAGGCGGGGCCGUGCCGGCCACGGCACUACGCAUCAGCUUAUGCCUUGCAUGGGGCCUUUUUGGUCAUUGCAUGUUUGGCAGUGCUGCUUCGUGUGUCGUAUGUGGUUUGCCGGGGCCUUUUGGUCGUUGGCUUGAGAUCGGCACAUCAAUGUUUGCCCGAGCUUUUGCUGUGCAUUCUUCCGUUUGCCUGGGUCACUUGCACAUCUCGGCGACCCAAGUCCUCAACGAGCGCUGUGCCAAAGAGCAUUGCAUAUUGGGGGCCCUGGCAGGCCAUCCCGCGGUUCACGACCUAUGCAGUGUGUACCAUUUGCACAGAGAUCUAUAGCACGUUGGUCGCCGCCUUGGCAGACGAACUCGCCAGUGUUUGCCGCCCUGCAACCGCGCCGGCUUCCACCACGGAGGGAGCCGCGGGAAUGACCACGGCGCGAUGUCCGGUGGCCGGUGCGAACGGGGCCUGGGAUGCGCCAGAGGGUCAGAGAGAGAACCAGGAGAAGACGGGAAGUCGAGCGACAUCAUGGCGCCGAGCGAAGAGCUAUGUGACACCCUUUUGCCGUCGACUUUGCAGUGGCACCGAAGUCACUUCAGUGCGCGACUUCAACGCCCCUGACCCCGCGGCGGCGGCACUCAUUUGCCCCUUCCUGCCGGACUUUGUGUGUCCUGUGCUGCGACGGCGGCUCGUGGGGAGACGCCUUUUGGCAGGCCGAAAUGACCUCUUCCAAAAGCGUCCGGCGAGACUGGCCCGGGGGAAGUUGCGCCUAGAUAUGCCGUUCAACGCUGCAUUAGAACACCUGAGAGCCAAAGAGAACGAUAUUCUCAAUCAGGAUGUAUGGCAAUCGCCACGUUCUGGACGACGGAAAAUGCGACUGAAAGACUGGUCCGUCGACACCUCCUUAAGCAGCCUUUUAGGGAUACAGAAGGACGAAGAGGGCUCCAAGACCAGAGAUGGCUGGCUAAAGAAGAAGCUUGAAAGGGAUGAGCGAAGGGUCCUCAAAAAGAGUUCUUCGAAGAAGCUCCAAGAUCAAGAUCUGGCGACGGUGCCGUCUGACGACUUGAAGCAGUCCAGCCAAGCGACGGUGGCCACUGAAGUGAUGAAGGCAUUUCACAUCGCUGUGGGCAACAAAGAGGAGCCUCCAGCCGAUGGGCUAGCCAGGAAAUUGUCAAGCAGCCUUUUCUCGCCAGCAGAAGGCCGCCGCCGUUCCGCGGGGCCCCUGGCAGCACGGCGCGGCAGCGGACUCGCCCUGAAGCGGGGCAGCGUGGGCGGCAAGGAGGACGCCGACCGGCGGGACAGCCGUCGUAGUGGCGGAGGAAUCGCCGGACUGGAGCUGUGCGACGAACGAGCAAGUCGAGGCCCGCUUCGAGCUCGAAAUAAGAUUCUGAACCGUCUAUACAAGUCCACCUCUCGAAUGCCAGCGCGCCGGUUGCUUCGGAUGUGCAGCCCGAACGUCAAACACCGAUCAGAAGCUUGGCUGGCACGCGAAACAGGCUUGCCCUUGCCGGUUCUGCAGCAGGCGUUGGUCUUCUUUAAGAAGCAUUGCUUGGAUUACGACGGUACGAACUUAUUUGAUGCUCGGUUUGAUCAAAAGAAUUUGGCCAAGGUCGUUUGCGAGAUGGCCGGCGUGGACAACGUGGAGUAUUUGGACCGCACCUUUUGGUCAGAGGCCUUUCGGCAGGCCAACUUCCAUGAUGGUGGCAUGGAUUGCAUGGAGUUUGUCGUAUGGUAUGCAGCCUUCGGCUUCUCGAACUACUUCUGUGUGCAGAAGGAAGAUCUUCCUUAUCGGAGCCUUGCGCGCAAGCUGGGCGUCGACUACAUCGAACUGGAAAGAUAUAAGGAAGCCUUCGAGAAAUACGAUGAGGAUGGUAGUGGUGCCAUUGAUAUGGAUGAGUUCGAAAGUUUGCUCAACGACUUGCUCAAGGUCCCCGCAGGGCACACGCUCUCGGCCGAGCGGGUCAUGGUCCUUUGGCGUGAUGCCGAUCGUGAAGGCGAGGGCGAAUUGGACCUGGAAGCGUUCCUUGAAGAAGGGGGCGGUGGAAAGCAGGACGGAAAGCAUGGCCGUUGUGUUGGCAUAAGUGGCAUCGUGUUGACCCUGUUGUCAGCUUGUGUGUCCGCCUUCGUGAUCAAAGCGCUGCUGGGGGAACAGGAGGUGCCUGAGGAGUGGGAAGGGCGGCGGCGUGGAAGUGCCGCCACUCAGAACGGCACCAGAGAGCGGAAGAUGAAAGCUGCGAGGACCCUGUCAGAUUGUUGUCGUGGCUGUGAUGAGGUGAAGGGCUGCCAGGAUUUUCCUGAACUCGUGGCGAACACGCUCCUCCGAACCGAACGGUCUCACCGAGACCGGCGGGCACCGGAGGGCUGGAUCUUCACGCACCUGGACCGACGAUGCCGUUGGCUUUACUUCGUGGACGAGGAGCCGUGGGAUCGCCUUCAGCUUCAAGCCCCGAAAGAAGACGCACCUGAUCCUGGUGGACAGCAACUGGGAGUGACCUGUGGUGAGUUCACCGCCGCUUUUGCGCAAAGUUGCUUGGGCAUCCGUUCCGGUGAGUGCUUUGGCCUCUUGGGACCCAAUGGCGCCGGGAAGACCACGACCCUGGCGGUGCUGCCGGGCGGCCGAGUCGACUGGGCGGCCCUUGGGGUUCGGACGGUGUGGUCCUGGCGUGAUCGAGGGUGGCAGGAGAGUGCAGAUGAUAUGACUUCCUUGGUCCAAGAGGAUGAUUCCAUGUCUCCAUGUUUCAAGGACUUGGAUAAUACCCUCACUGUCUCCAACACGCUGAUGCCUACCUUGUCUCCAGCGUCCCUGCCCUUCCGCGAGCGCUUGCGUUCUGCACGGCCCGCUGGCGACUGCGCUGGCAGCAUUUGCUGGUCGCGGAUGGUCGCGGCUGAGACUUCAGAAGCUUUGGGCGUGGAGGGCGGAACUGGAGCGUCACGACUGGUGGAGAUCAACAGCGGUGGAGUUGUUUUCUUCGUGCUGUUGAAUUCACCCGGCGAACACGAAGAAGCGGUGGUCUUGAAGUUUUGCAACAACAGGUACACCCUUCAAUCUGAACAGAUGGCAGCCGAGCUAGCGAGACAUCUGGGUGUCCCUGGGCCACUGUCACGAAUCCUGCUGAAGCAGCACGAUCGAGAAGAAUGGGACCAAUUGGCGCUCCACGCAGCAGAAGUUUGUCCAUCUUUAGCAGACAUGUUGGAGAAAAAGGUCUCCAUGUUACUCUUGCAAUACGUCCCUGGCCACAACUUGUUUGAUGAGAAGGAGGCCUUCCAGCCUGAGAACUUGUCCUCAGCAUGCCACGCCUUAGGUCGUUUGUUCACGUUGGACUUAUUGCUGGGUAACGCGGACCGUUUGCCGCUCCAGUCGCUCAGCUGGCGCGGCAACCCACGCAACGUACUCUUUUCGGCUGGCGGGCGCUGUGUGCCGAUCGAUGCUGCGGUGGCGCGACGGCCGCCCAAGUUGUUGGUGAGGGACAUGGACCAGAAGGCGGCUCGACUUCUGGAGUUGGCCUUGCUGGAUCGUCGCAGCUGUCACGAGGUCCUGGUCGAGGCCAUCCGCUGCAACGACUGGGCCACAAAGGCCAUUGAGGCGGAUUGGCUUCCCAACGAAGGUGCCUGGCAGGAACGCUAUGGAGGACCUGAAGGAAAAGCGAAGGCAACAGCUGAUGGCGCAAUGAGCAGUGUGAAAGCCUUCAAUGAAGGGAUCAAGGCCGCAUUGGCUGAAGCUGUUGAAGAGCAGGGGCUCUUGGAAAUGAUGACGGAAGUGGUGGAAUCGUGGAUCGAGAACUUCAAGGCUGACUUGAAAGCUUGCCAACCUUCUCCACCUCAGUUGAAGCUGAGCAAUACUGUCGAGCUGCGGGAUUUGAGCAAAGAAGAAAGCAAACCAGAUGCCUUCAAAGAGCGCUUGGCUUCUUGGCAAGACUUGCUGCGUGAGAAGACCGGUGUUUUACAUCAAGCCGUCCAGGAUUGGGCGCAGCGCAAGGCACGCGGAGGGAGCGGUUUCGAGUUCAGAGGCUUCCUGGGGUCCUCCGUGCUGAAUCCUGUGGCUGAUGCAUAUGAGCUCCUGGUGCGACUGCGACAGCUCACCAGUCGCAUCAAGGUGCUUCACAUCGCUGGCUCCGUGUCGCGACCGGCCGAUCUGAGGCCCAAGGCACCAUUGUUCCUGGGCGGUGCGACCUGUCUAUGUUUUCACUUGCUUCGAAAGCUGGGCGCGACGCAGAUCUUGAAUUGCACAGAUGACUUGCCCGCACCAAGUGCCGAUGAGCUUGGCGAGCUUCAAUGGUCUCGGCUGCCGCUGAUGGAUCUGGAAGACCAGGAUCUCAACGAAAAUCUGGAGAAGGCCUUGGAGAUCAUCGGGAAGGCCGAGUCUUUGGGAGGCGCUGUUUUGGUCCACUGCCAUGAAGGAAAGAGCCGAUCGGUCUCCGUGUGUUUAGCUUACCUCAUGAAGUCCGGCCUCUCCCUGGCUUCUUCCUUGGCCUAUGUGAAGUCAAAGCGGCCGAUGGCGAGGCCGAACGCGGGAUUUCUCAAACAAUUGCUGGCCAUGGAGCAGCAGAUCUUUGGAGAGCAGUCUGAACUACCUGAGGAGCUGUUAAGAGGAAAGCCUGUCCUCAGCUCCGCCUCCAAGUGA